AGGUGUCGCCACAUUGCAGUUCCACCUGUUUUAAGGAACUGUUUAGAAGUAUAGUUUGCCUUUUUAGAAAUAGAUUUGAAAUGAUCACAUCAUUUUAAGUUAAUUUCAUUCUAACCGGAAUUCUUUGAAAUUAAUGAUCAUUCAGUUCAUUCCUGAAAUAAAUUUGGCAGGAUUGCAGGAAUAAUGCAAAUAUGAAAGCGACUUUUAAACCUUGUGGAUGUGUCAUCUCCAUUGCAAUUUGUAUGUCGUUGGCAUUAUGUGAGUCUUCAUUCCACACGUCUGUCUCCUCAUCCCCAGUUAGAGAAAGCACUGUGCUGCAUAAUGAUUCCAUACAGUUUGACCAUGUCCCCAAUAUAGCCAUGGAUGGCUCAGUGGUCCGAAUUCGGUACCAGUGCUCUAGGGCCUGUGAGGUGGGAGUGGAGGUAGUGGUCUUUUCCACACAAAACAGGACAGGAGUGUUGGCCUUCCAGAAGAGAUGGACCAACCACAGGCGUCUCCAUGUCUCCAGAACGCUUCCAGUGAAACUGAAAUUCACACAAGACUUGCACCACAGAGACGAUUGCGUCAUCAAGCACUCAGCUGACGUCCGUAGUGCGGUGGUUCAAGCUUGGCUGUAUCACCUUGAGCAAGGAGACAAAUGCCAUGUGAAUAAGACCAGCUCAUAUCUUGGGUCUUUGGUGAGGACAUUCAAAGUGCUUCAGGCAGUUCUGCCCUCACAGUGUCCAGCCAGGCCUUUCCCUCGGUGCCCCACCUGGAUGGCUGAUCUUAGGUGGCAGCUGACCAGAGACAGACUCCACCAGUGUCGUCCACAUGAGUCAGACACUGUUGAUAUGUUGACAUUCCCAAUGGCCAGUACUGGAGAGAGAUUUGGAGUUAUCCGCAAGAUCCAGCCAUUCGUCAACAGAGGGCUGGAACAAGCUCGUCUCCUCACUGUGGAGAAAGCCAGGAUGACAGUGUCUGUGUGGGUUUAUCUGGUGCAGUGGUGUGACAAGUCUCUGUGCGGAAUCAUCCAUCACAUUGAUCAAAACAGCAAAUAUGACACUCCUCUGGUGCAGCUUACUAACACAGGUGAUAUCAUUAUUCAGGUGCGGGUGGCGUCUGGCAGAGAUCAGGCAUUCAGAGCCCACAUGGCAAUGCCUCUCUUUACCUGGAUCAGACUAGACUGCUUCAUGCAAGGCUCCAAGGUGACACUGCAAGUUACGCCUGCUGUGAAAAUGGAAGGAAUGGUGGAGCAUGUACACAUAUUUGACUUUCAAACUGACAUCCAUUACAAUGACACGGCUGGAUACUUUGUGAUUGGAGGGAGUCGGUUCUUGCCUGGUAUCCAUGGCUUUUUUGGACCAAUAAAAUACUAUCGCUUGGGCACUGAGAAGGUGAUCAACCCUCUUGCUCCUACCACAUUAGAGGUACUGGAUAAGAAACUGCGACAGUGUGAUGAGAUCAGAACUCUCACUGUGACCUUUCUCCAGGCUCUGACACAGAGCCAGGAAGUCUCUAUGACAGGUUUCUGUCACUCUCACUACAUCAGUUUAUGGAGACGGUUUGGACAGAAUAGCUGCAGACAGACUUGGACCUGGGAAGCACAGAUGAAGCACCGCACGCUUUUCAGCUUCCUAACGACCCAGCACACAAGAAUGUGGAACAGAACAACACCCCUUAAUAAACUUGGGAGCAGAAUGUUUGAGCACGUAGUGAGAAUACUGUCCAACAGAGGGAGCCCCAACGUGGACCCUACCACCCCCUCCUCCCUCAUAGAGCUUCUCCAGACCUCCUCCUGCUAUGGCUACCACCACGCCUCCUUGUUGCUCUCCACCAUUCAUCUAGCCGGCCUGAUGGGCCAUGUUGACCAACAGCAGGGUCAUGUCUUCAGUUUGAUUGGUGCCCUGGGAGACGACCGUUUAGCUCUAAUGCAUUUGGGUUACAAACACACACAAGGAAUUGACGGGUUCCCGAAAGAUUUUGACAUGGCUUAUGUCUACUACUCCAAUGUCGGGGCCCAAACCAGUAUUGACCAAGGGCAUGUAUUGGAAUAUAAGCAACACAUCACUGAGCACAUUCGUAUCAGUAACGAGGACCAGCUAAAGGGCCUGACUCAUGAGACGGGGGACACCUUUCUGUUUCUCAAACUUCAAGCUGACAAAGGAGAUGUUGAAUCACAGAAACAUCUAGCAAAGCUUCUGUUCUGGGGACAAAAUGGCAUCUCUAGGGACGUUGGGAGUGCAAUUAAGUGGUAUGCUAGGAGUGCCAUAGAGAUGGAGGAUCCAACAGCCAUGUAUGACUUCGCCAUCUUAUUACUCAAGGGACAGGGGGUGAAGCGAAACAGGACUCUGGCUCUUCAGCUGAUGGAAAAAGCUGUUGCCAAGGGUUCAGUCCAAGCCCUGAAUGCUUUGGGAUGGUACCACAGCACCAUACUGAAAGACUACAAGACAGCCUUCGAGCUUUUUGAUCAGGCUGCACGCAAUGGCAGCCACGACGGACUAUUCAACCUGGGCAUUUUCCACCUGAAUGGGAAGAUCCCAAACAACCCGGGGAAGAAUGAGACUGCUGCGUUCCAUCUCUUCCUGAACUCCUCCCUGCAUGGUCAUGUGGACGGGGCUGUGGAGGCGGCCUGGUACCUGUCCACAGGACAUCUGGAGGGGGUCGUCCGGGAUACAGAGAGGGCUGUGAUCAUGCUGAAACAAAUCUGUGAGCAGAACGGAUACCUGGGAUACGUAGUCAGAGAGGCCCUGCAAGCCUUCCUCCAGGACUCCUGGGGUGAGGCUCUGUUGAGGUAUGCCAUGGCUGCUGAAACUGGUUUAGGAGUGGCCCAGAAUAAUGUUGCCUACCUGUGUGAGGAGAUGGAGCAGAGCUAUGAUUGUCGAUGGAGAUAUUACAACCAUUCCACAAUGAACUAUGACCCACAUGACUCAGGAUUGCUGAAGAUGGGAGACUUCUACUUCUCCAGCAGCGUCCCUGGAGCUGUAGAUCAGGCUCUAUCCCUGUACACCAGAGCAGCACUGGCAGGAAGUUCUCAGGGAAUAUAUCAAUUAGUGAUUUUGGCAGAAAAGGGAUAUGGAGUCCCAUGGAUCAUCCGAGACUGGUUAAAUAUAUCAGUUCACGAUGGGCUGGACAUUGUGACUGAGAGACUCUUAGAAAGAUGUGUGGAGCUGAAUGAUGACAAGGAUCUGACACCCUGUGCUUUGUCUCUACUCCGAGUCCGCAUUGGAAAAGCCUGGAGUAAAAUUACUCAAAACACCAUACAGCUCUCACUGGUUUAUGCAUCUGCUGCUACUCUAAUUAUUACUCUGAUUAAUUUGCUAAUCCUGAAUGUUCUGGAGUGUCUCCAAAUGGACAUCCCACCUAGACAAGGAAGACAUACUGCUGGCAGGGCAGUAGAAAAUCCUCAAACAUCUAAUAGGAAUGGACCGCAGGAUCAGAAUGACCUUCUUAGGGGAGAAGACAGGAUGUCCAGAAUGGUUACAAUGUCCCAGGGUCUAUGGUUUAAUCUCUGGAGGGGUACACAGAUAGUGCGGAGGACAGCUGAUCUGUCGGUUACUGUGUCUGGGGUGUGUCUCUGUGCCCUUUGUACAUUGAUCCUCCAUCAUCUACUCCAAUAGAUGUCUUAAAACACAGGAAAUGCCUGAGGCAGGAGAUAACAGAUAAGGGAAUGUACUGUUUCUGGAAGCAAUGUCUGGAAGCAAGCCUGUAGUUAUGGUCAAACAUAUUUUGAGACAUGUGACUGAGUGAGAGAGAGCAGACUGAUAUGACAGUUUGUCUGCUACAGUAUCUGGUUAUUUUCUUUUUUUUGUUUUUGCCUCAAUAUGCUGAAACACCUUUUUUUCAGAUUGCUUUGUGUUUGAGGGAAUAAUUUUAGGCUUAAGGAUUACUCCCACACACACGCAUACAAAAUAUCUGAUUAUUUUACUGUAUCACUUCUGGCCUUGACAUGCAUUGUGGUGAUGUCUUUAUAAAAGGAGAAAGGAGUACAAGCGAUUUCUUUUCCUAACGCCAUUGUCAGUAUAAAAUAAAAUGCAAACUUUUCUGUUA